UUCUCCCCUCUGUCAUUGACCUCUCAUGGUUUGACUAUCAUGUAGAUCUUAACGAUUUUAUUUCAAUUCUUAGAUUGAGCCUAGAUAUCUGAUACUAUGUAAAGCUUGAGGGAUAAGUCUUAUCUAAGGAGGUUUAGUCUCCCUCUAGUCGGAAAUCGGAAUUCACUAGUAAGCUGACUAGAGAAUGUUGAUGAUCUUAUUAUCUUCUUUAUGCUAAAAUUCACCUUUGUUUUAUUGGUGCUUGGGAAAAAUUGCUCAGAUAUGCAUUGUUAUGGCAAUGGAACUUAUUUGACGGAUGAGCUUACUUACCAAAUUUUACCAAUCUGCAAUAGUUUGCAUGAAUAUUGUAUCUUCAUGGCAUAGCCAUAGGCACACAUUUUUGGUGAUAUAGUUUGUGUCUAUUAUAAGAUGUUAUUGUUUUUUAAUAUCUUAGAUUUCCUAUUCUUCUGGAUUUCUCCUUUUUGAUUGUUCAUUUUCAAUCCAAUCUUUCAGGAAGGAAGAUAUUAGAGGAUGUAUCAUUGCAGGGGCAAUCUUCACAAGUAUUCGGUUAUGCUGCUAACACUCCAGUGUCAGAUCAACAGAGGAAAAAUUCGUCUACAACAGAAAUCUGUCAAGAGAGUUCAUCUGACUUGGAAGCACAAGCAUCAAAAAAGCUUAUAAUAAGUGAACCUGAAAAUUCGAAUAUGAUGACAAGUCCUGCUCUCUCUAAUGAUGGAUCAAAGGGGAAAGGCAUACAUUCACCAGAUCAAGUCUAAGAUGAAGAAUCGUGGAGUUGGUAUCUCGUGUCAGCCAUGUGCUUGUUUCUCUUUACAGAAAAGUGGGUUUUAAGCAUUAUAGUCCUUCAAAUACUCCAUGCUUCUUGGAGAGAGAUUGAAAUGACUGAAUCAGAGGGGCCAGUAGAUGAGGAAAUAGCAUCUUUUUUCUCAAAUGAUGAAGCUGCUGACACUAUGAACAUUUCCUCCACCCACACUUCAGCACAAAAACAAAAGGACCAGCAAGACUUCCCUUUCAUGCCAAUCAGAAGUCUCCACCCAAGCAAUAAUAAGCUAUUAUGCUGCGACUUCUCAACCCAAGGGAAAUUCUUAGCUACUGCUGGGCAUGAGAAAAAGGUUUUCAUUUGGAACUUGAAGCAAUCAACGAGACAUGCUGUCCAAGGGCAUACACAGCUCAUUACGGAUAUUCGAUUUAAGCCAAAUUCCCAUAUGUUUGCAACUUCCUCCUUUGACAAAAUUGUGAAGAUAUGGGAUGCAGCCAAUUCAAGAAAGAUACUUUACAAUCUUGUUGGGCAUGCGGAUCAAGUGUUGUCGGUGGAUUUCCACCCAAGAAAGUCCAAUCUGGUAUGCUCUUGUGAUUGCAGUGAUGAGAUCAGACUAUGGAAUUUCAAAGAAUCUGCUUGCUUUCGCUUUUUCAAGGUGAGAUUCCAGCCUCGACAAGGGAACCUCUUGGCUGCUGCUACGGGUAAUGUCAUCAAUAUGAUCGAUGUGGAAACAGGCAUGAUCCGAUACCGCUUUGAGGGACAUGAAAAAGACAUCCGUACAAUAUGCUGGGACAUAUGUGGAGAAUAUCUCGUCUCGACGAGUCAGGACAGCACGUGCAUAUGGUCAAUUGUAUCAGGUGGAAAGUGCAUACACGAGUUGCCCGCUUGUGGUAGGGAGUUCUCGUCGUGCACCUUCCACCCUGCUUACUCUCAAGUAGUGCCGUGGGUUCCUACGAGUCCAUUUAUAUCUGGAACCCGGCGAUGGGAAACAAGACGUGGAAGUUCGAUGGUCAUCGAGAUAUCGUAUCUGCGAUGGCGAAUGCACCGGAGACUAACAUGAUCGCCUCCGUGAGCCAUGACCAGUGGGUCAAGGUGUGGAAGUAGCCAUACAAUAUAUAUCUCAAGUUAUAUGCUAACAUGCAUUAUGUAUGCAGA